UAAUUCCGCGCGAUGUCCCGCUCUGCGCUGACACGACACGCCCUGCAGAAGUCCCUGCGUGAUCAAAAUGCGGAAGACCAGCCGCCCGAGGAGACGCAGCGCCGCGUCAAGCAGGAUGAGCUGCCAAUCUACGGCAAUGACACGACGUACAACCUGAACACGCUGCUGCACCAGAACAUCCUCCAGUCCGCUUACUUCCACGAUCUCUACAAGUUCAGGACGUAUCACGAAGUGGUGGACGAGAUCUACUACCGAGUGGACCAUGCAGAGCCCUGGUCGCCUGGUACGGCGCGCAUUCCGUCGAGCUGUUUCUGUUUGCUGCACAAGUUUUUCCUUAUGCGCCUCACCCGCAAGCAGAUGCAGGGCUUACUGCGACACAGUGACUCACCAUACAUUCGCGUCGUGGGCUUCUUGUACCUUCGCUUCACUUGCGACCCCGAAGAGCUGUGGACGUGGUUCGAGCCGUAUCUGGAAGACUCGGAGGAGUUCAACGCAUCGGCGAAUCCGAGCCUGAAAACAACGAUUGGCGAGUGGCUGAUUUCGUUGCUGGAAGAGAACAAUUAUUUCGGCACCAUUCUGCCGCGUAUCCCCAAGAAGAUCGAGGACGGGAUCAAAGUCAAGCUUCUGCUGCUCUCGCGUAAGAAGGAGCGUGCCAAAGAGAACUUGGCUAUCGUUGAUCGACUCAAGCCAGGCGCGAAAGUUCGCGCGAUGUAUGCGGAUGAGGAGAACGAACCUGCUAUGUACGACGCAGUUAUUGAUUCCGUUGAGGAAGGCGACCAAUUCUGGGUCUCAUUCCCAGCGUAUGGAAAUACGGAGAAAGUGAGUCUAGGAGACAUUGAAGUCGACAAAGGCAAGCAACGCCGUGGACGCUCGCCGUCUCGUUCCCGCUCCGCUGGACGAUCGCGCUCACGUUCGCGAGGACGUGAUAGAGGCCGCGAUGGAGGCCGCCGUCGCCGGGAUCGGGACAGUCGACGAGAUAGCGAUCGACGUCGGGGCUGCCGUCGUGACCGCUCGCGAUCGCGAUCGCGUUCGGCUUCGCGUGAUCGACGCAGACGCAGUCGAAGUCGCACUCGCAACAAGGCUGGUGACAGAGACAUUACCGGAGACUUGCUGCAGCAAGUGCGUGAGCGUGAACGUCGCAAGGCGGAGGCGGUCGGACGUGACUACGCUUCACGACCAGCCAGCUACAAGGGUUCGCUGUCGCUGAAGCUGGAUCGCUGGACCACAAGGAAGCGAUCGCGUAGUCCAGCAAAGCGAGAGGAAGUGGUGCUGGUGCAGCGAGGCAUGUCCAAGGGCGAUGAACGACCUCGUAGCAACACGCCGUCUCCUGGAAAAGCCCGAGAGUCCGAGCAGCGGCUGAAAAAGCUGCGUGACAUGUACGGUGAUGCAUCUUCAAAGACCAAGGACGAAUAG